AUGUUCAGUUUUUGUGUUUCAAUGUGCUUGGAGGGCCCUUUGAAGGGUACAUCAGAUGAUUGCAAGCAAAAGUCCAAGAACGGCAUAUUCCGUUGCGCUCAAGACUUUGAAGGACUUCGUGAUUCUGGAGUUUACCACAAGCUUGUGAAGCAGCUACUGGAGGAAGGAGAACUGCACCAGUCUCCCAAAAACAGGCAGACCUGCACCGUGCCAACAUGUUUGUUCAAAGUUGGCGGCAAGAACACCUUGCCAAGAAGGGAGAUGUCCACACGAGCCAACACUCCAGGAGAUGAUCUCUGGGAGGUUCAGUGCGAGCUGCUGCAGCUCUUCCAUGACGAGCUGUUGAGAGAUUUUCCACCGCUCCCCACCGCCCGUCGCAGCCUGGCGAAGGCUGUAAUCAAGGAGUUGGAAGAACUGGAAGAGGUCCAUGACGAGCUCUUCGAAGUCUGCGCCUCGCACGCCGCGACGGCGUCGUCCCACCGAUCUGCGCCCGGCGGCUUCGUGGGGCACCGGAUCUUCCGGCUCUCGCAGGCCGCGGAGGCGGGCCACGUGGUCUUACGGGUGGCGGAGCAGAUCGGUGGCGGCCUGGAGACCGGCGGCCUGCUGUGGACAGGCGCCUGCACUGCUCUGGGCUUGGCGCUGGGCGGCGCCCUGCCGCUCCGGGGGCGCAUCUUGGAGCUGGGCGCCGGCACCGGGUUUCUGGGCCUUGCCCUGGCGGUGCACGAUCCGACGCUGCACGUGACGCUGAGCGACCACCAGCCGCAGGUGCUGGAGAACUUGCGCUACAACGUGGAAGCCACCAAGAAGUGCAAUCCGUCCAAGGAACUCCACCUGGAGGUCGAAGCAUUGGAUUGGUGCCACAUGGAUCACCGGGAGGUGGAUGUGGUCGUGGGCAGCGACUUGGCCUACGACGCCUUGGCCAUGCCCGGCCUCGCCGCCGCGCUGGCGAAGCUCUUGGCGCCGCGGGGCACUGCCCAGCACGCCUUCUUGACUUGCGUGAAGCGGCAAGAAGCCACCAUUGAAGCGCUGAAGGCCGCGGUGACCUCGGAAGGUCUGUCGUGGCAUCUCCCGGAGAUCUCCUCGGAGGCGCAGCACCUGGCGGAGCACUGGGCGCUGCAGGGCUGCGACGCGAGUGCCGAGGUGAUCUUCCUGCAGGUCACAGGAGACCCAUCAACCUGA